AUGGAUUAACAAGAAUCAGCAAGAUCAAUCAAUAUAAGUUAAAGUUCAAUUGAUUAUUAGUAUAGGUUCUUCAAGAUAUUCAGAUAAAUUUUAACCAUAAUUAAUUCAUAUAAACACUAAUCAUAUUCAGAAGAAUAAGUAAGAUAGUCAAGACUUUAGUCCUAUCUAUGAGAAAUCCAAUGAUGAAAUAGGAUAUGAUAAAUAGAUUAGAUAAGCUAGAGCAAAUAUAAAGAAAUCAUCUAAUUAUUAUGUAAAACAAUCAAAAUAUUACUAAGACAGCUUCCUAAUUUCCAUAGGAUAGAAUUUAAAAUGCAAGAGGUAGCAAGAUUAUGUAACUUAUUAAAUAGAAAAAUCAAUUAAAAAAGUUUAAAGACAGGUUAUUUCAAAAUGCACAUAUAUAUCCUAGAAAUCCAAAUGAAUAAUUAGCUAAUUUCUUAGAAGAACAUUAUAUUCACAAAAAUCAUCAUCAUUAAAAAAAUUCAUAAUAAGAGGCUAAAUUUGAUUAGGGCUAACAUGAGUUAUUAAAAACUUUUGACAAUGUUCAAUAAAAUUAAAAAAUACCAAUAAUCAAUCCAACAGGAAGAUUUUAUAUGUUUUGGUAAUUCUUAAGAUUAAUUUAAAUUAUGUUUUUAUUGUGGUGGGUACCAUUCAAAAUAUCUUUUGAUCCACCUCAAACUUCUACUAUGAAUUAUAUUGAAAAAAUGCUUAUUUAUUUAUUUGGAUUAGAUUUAUUGAUAAAAUUAAAUAGAGGCAUGAUAGAUUAAGGAUAAAUAGUAUAUGAUCGACUUAAGAUUGUAAAACAUUACAUUAUAUAUGAAUUAUAUGAAGAUGCAAUCUAUUUAAUUACACUGACAUUUGUAAUAGGAAAUGAUCCAAUUACUAUCUAUUUUUUCCCUGAAAUUAUUGUUUUAAUCCAAUUCACUUUAAAUUUUAUUAAACUCAAAAAAACUAUUAAUAGAUAUGGAGAAAUGUUUGCAAUUCAAUCCAAUUUUACUGAAUUUGUUAGUUUAUCUUAAUUAAUCAUCUUGAUCUUUUAUUUUGCUCAUUUUAUGGCUUGCAUUUGGUAUUAUGUUGGUAACAUGAGUUAAUCUUCCUUUUCAAAUUCAUGGAUUUAACAACAAAAUUUAUAAUAAUCUGCAGUAUUUUAUAAAUAUGGUUAUUCAUUUUAUUGGGCAACUGCUACAAUGGUAACUGUUGGAUAUGGCGAUGUAGUUCCAUAAAAUAUUUAUGAAGUAAUAUGUGCAAUAAUUAUGAUUUUCUUUGCUAGUGUUGUAUUUGCAUUUUCAAUAAAUGCAAUAGGUGUAAUAUUUUCAAAUAUUGAUUUAUAAAAGUAAUCCUAUAAAAGGAAUUUACUUUUAAUCAAUCAAUACAUGAAUUCAAAUGAAGUUUCUUUGUAAUUAUAAAGUAGAGUUAGAAACUAUUUGAAAUAUUAUUAUGAAUAAUAAGUAAAAGGAAAUAAAUAAGAAAUUAAUUAAAUUAUAGAAAAAUUGUCUUAUAAUUUAAAAUAAGAAUUGUUAGAAGAUGUUUAAAUAAGAGCAAUAACAAAUGUUGACUUUUUCACUAAAAAUUUUUAACCUUCUACUAUUCAUUAAAUUGCUUGUAGAAUGAAUAUUUAAUAAUAUACACCAAGAGAAAUUGUUUUCUAAUCAAAUUCAAUUGAUGAAAAUUCAAUAUACAUUAUUUAAAAAGGAGAAAUAAAUCUUAUUGAUAAUAAAACAAAUAAGAUUAUUCAGAAAUGUUCUAAAGGUUAGUGUUUUGGAGAAUAUGAAUUUCUUACUUCUUAGAAAAGAUAAACAAAAGCAAUAAGUACUACAUUUAGUUCAAUCUAUAGAAUGAGUAGAGACACUUUUCUUGAUAUAAUUGCUGAAAAUUCUAUAGACUUUUAAAAAUAUUGUGAAAUGAGAGAUAAGAUUUUAUUUCAUUACCAUGAUUUAUCUAUUAAAUGUUUUGCAUGUUAAGGUGAUCAUCUUAUUAAUUAAUGUCAUUAUCUUACUUAUAGACCUGAUACAGAAUUCUUAAUUAAAAAAUAAUUAUAUAAUUCUAAUCAAGAUAGAUCAUAAUUUAAACGUAAAAAUCUAAGAUUUUAGAGAAUAUUUAAUAAUCAUGAAGAUCAUGAACCUCCAAAUAAAACUAUACAAUAAGAUUAAUCAAUUAUUUCUAUUGAAUCUGGUGAUAAAUAAAAUUCAAGUAUUCUUGAAAGUGAACAUCAAAAUAUUUUAUUUAAUGAUGAAACUACUUAACAUAUUAAAAAAAGAAUUUCUUUAUGGGUUACUAAUCCAGAAUAAUCACAAAUUGAUGAAAAAAGUAAAUUAUUUAAUUAAAUUAGAGUCUAUCUAAAAAUCUAAUAGACACAAUAGUGAUACUCCUACAAACAAAUAAAAUAGAAAAUCUUUAUUUAAUUCCUCUUAGGAUCAAUCAAAAAGACAUAAUAAUAAUUAAUAAUAUCUUUAAGUUAAUGAUUAAUAACAAAUACAAUAAUAAGCUAUGAAUACAUCCAAUAAUUCUUAAACUAAAAGUAAUCCCUUAUUUAAUUAAUUGGAACAUAUACAAUCUUUUCAUUCAUUUAAUUUUGAAUUAGAUAAAAUGGAAACAUUUUAAAUCUAUUUCCCAUAAAAUAAUGUACAAAAUGUUCUAAAUUCUUAUUAAAAGUAAUAGAAAUUAUAAAAGCUCUACAAAAUUUAAUUUUCAACGAAUAAAUAUAGGUUUAUAUUCAUUCAAAAAGAACCUCUACCAAAUGCAAUUAGAAAAUCAUUGUAUCGAGUAAAUAGCUAAAUUUGA